CCUGCUUGGUCUGUUUCCGGGACAACAACGACGCGUUAGCUUCGCAAAAUACCGCUGUGUUUUUAUUCGUAUAUUCUCAGUAGACACAUCACUGUAUCGUGCUGACAUUCCGAGGUCAAAAUCAUGUCUCAAGAAGAGUGCAUUUGUGAAGGACAGACCAAAGUCUUCGGCGAUCAUGCGGAGGAAGCGAUGGGUUCUGGCGAGCAUCAAGGAGUCAGGGCGGUCAAGUUCCUGCCGGAAGCACAGGAUCUCCUACCUCAGAUGCAGGAAAACGAGCAGAUGGGGCCCAUAGGACCGUGGGCCUCGGGUCGUGUGGACUGGGGACCUCUGGCGGGCCUCACCGGCACCAGGCCCGUAGUCGACAACUACUCCAUCACGCGCUUCAGCGAGGGGGAGUGGCGCAAACACAACCAUGAAGUGCUGUGCGGUGCUAGUGAAGAUCAGCGCCGGGCAAAUGUAGUAGAGUUGAACAGUCGAGAAGCGAUGGAGACAAUAGCUGCUGCCGCCGAUAAGAAGCAGCACAAUAAUACAUUGCUGCUGGGGCAGCGUGCAGCUGAAAUACAUCGCUGGAAGACGGAGCUGGAACGGGCUUUGGAGGAAAUGAUCCUUGAGAUAGACAUGCUGGAAGAACAGCGACGGCGCGCUCGUCAGGCCAAGACGGCUCUUGGUAUUGUCAAAAACAUUACACGAGAAUGUUUGGGACGGAGAGCAAAGCGAAUAGAACCUGACCUUGUACGGGAUGAGGCAGAAGAAGAACUUAUUAAGGAAGCAGCUCUGGUCAAGGAAGUGGAAGACCUGAUAGACAGAACGAUAGUGCAGAUAGAAGAACAGCAGGAGAGGAACAAGGCAACGAAAGCAAGGAUGGAAGACGAUUGGUCGGACAAGAAGCAGUCGUACGACAUAGAGGCUAUCAAUACCAACCUAACGAUCAAGUCUCCAAUAAUCCUGUUCAAACCUGGCGCUACUCGAUUCCCUGACAGCCAGUCAACGCCGGCCGGCUGGAUGGACAAUGUGCAAGACAUCCUGCAGACAGCGCAGGAAGUGCGUGGUCAGUCAUGUGAGUUGAGAGCACUCCUGGAUGGCCCUAUACUAUCGGACUGUGUGAAAGACUUGCGGGAACAGGCAGAUCGGGUAGAUCGGGCACUGGCAAGGCGGGUCGCUGAGACUGAUCUGUGCCGGCAGGCGCUCGAGAACGAGUUACUAGUUGUUGUGAGGCGCAUUGCAGAUACAGAAAAACUAAUCGGCGAGCUGAAAGCAACAAUACGAGCAAUGGAUGCCCCAAUGAAGAAAGCUCAGACACGACUGGAUAACCGAUUACACCGACCACGCAUUGAAAACUGCCGAGACAAAUCACAAUUUGGUCUGGUGGACGAGGUGAAGACACUGGCUGAGCAAGUGAGUUCGCUGCAGGCUAGGCUCAAGGAGGCAGAAGAGGCCUUGGUGCGUCUUUAUACAGCCAGGGGGCAGCUGGAGCGGGAGAUACAGAUCAAACGCAAUAGUCUGUACAUCGACAAGGAUCGUUGCCAAGCCACCCGUUCCCACUACCCAUCAUCAUCUGCACUAGCUGGCCACGCUUAAAUGAUUCUGUACUUUGUGGGUACAAAGGAAGCAGCACUUACAAAUUCAAUUUUGAGUAUUUUCAUUUUCAAGAUUGGUUGGAUUGUAUAAAUAUUUCAUAUUUUUUGUAUCACCUGCUACAUUUUUACAAGAGUUUUCAUACAUUUUUGUGGUGAAAUAAUAAACUUUUUAACAAUCAC